AGUGCGCUAACCCCGAGGUGACUGGUUUCCGGUCGGUGGUACUGCACCGGCUUCCAGUAGACGUGUAACGGACUGUGGCCCGCAGCCAUGACCGAGAGGAAAAUUAACGGUGGCAGUGGCGGCGCUUCCACCUCCUUGACGAGUACUAACUUACUCUUCUCCUCCUCGGCCACGGAGUUCAGUUUCAACGUGCCCUUCAUCCCAGUCACCCAAGCCGCGGCUGCUUCGGCCUCUCUGCUCUUGCCCGGAGAGGAUUCCACAGAUGUUGGUGAGGAGGACAGCUUUCUUGGUCAAACUAAUGUUCACACAUCCACCCCACAGACAUUCAGUUACUUCUCUCAGGUAUCAAGUGGUAAUGAUCCUUUUGGAAAUAUUGGACAGUCACCCUUAACAACUGCAGCAGCAUCGGUUGGACAAUCAGCGUUCUCCAAGCCGCCUUUUACAACUGAAUCCCAAGAUGGGUUGAGUGCAUUUCCGCCACCUGUUUCAAAGGCUCAGUAUGGUGCUCCACCUUCCUCACAGAUGGGAAUGAAUCCUUUUCUGCCUUCUCAGCCAAGUGGUCUCCCUCCUUCAAAUUUUGGGAGCCCACCCCAAGGAACCUCCCAACCAGGAUAUAAUCCGUAUCGCCAUACCCCUGUCAGCAGCAGAGCUAAUCCCUACAUUACACCGCCACAGCUACAACAGUGCCAAACACCAGGCCACCUCUCUCACCCUCCAUCCUCUGGACCCCCAGUACAGAUUUACCAGAUGCCCCCUGCAUCUUUGCCACAGCUACUUGUUCAGCUGACUUCCAAAGGGAAAUCAACUGAGUUUAAAAAAAAAAGGAAGCUGAGUGAGGGGGAGCAUGCCUGUAACCCAUUGGCUAAAGCAGGGAUUCCUCCUUCAGUACAGGCAGCAACACAACAGCAAGUCCUUGCGAAACCUGCAGGUCCCUCGGUACAGGGACCCCUUCCUUUUGUACUUCAAAAUCAGUAUGAACCUGUCCAGCCCCACUGGUUUUACUGCAAGGAAGUAGAAUACAAACAAGUAUGGAUGCCUUUCAGUGCUCUGGACUCUUCGAAUCUUGAAGAAGUCUAUAAUUCAGUUCAGCCAGACCCGGAGAGUGUGGUUCUAGGCACAGAUGGAGGGCGAUACGACGUUUACCUCUAUGAUCGAGUGAGGAAAGCUGUGUACUGGGAAGAGGAGCCAGCUGAAGUGAGGCGCUGUACUUGGUUUUACAAGGGGGACACAGAUAGCAGAUUCAUUCCCUACACAGAGGACUUCAGUGAAAAACUAGAGGCUGAAUAUAAAAAAGCUAUAACCACAAAUCAGUGGCACAGAAGAUUAGAGUUUCCAGGUGGAGAGACUAUUGUUAUGCACAAUCCAAAGGUUAUUGUUCAGUUCCAGCCUUCCUCAGUGCCUGAUGAGUGGGGGACCACACAAGAUGGACAGACAAGGCCCAGGGUUGUAAAGCGUGGGGUUGAUGACAGCCUUGAUGAAAUUCCUGAUGGAGAAAUGCCUCAGGUUGACCAUCUGGUAUUCAUGGUGCAUGGCAUUGGGCCUGUCUGUGACUUGCGGUUUAGAAGCAUUAUUGAGUGUGUGGAUGAUUUUAGGGUGGUUUCUCUCAAAUUGCUGCGGAUACAUUUCAAGAAAUCUUUAGAUGAUGGGAAAAUAAGCAGAGUGGAGUUCCUUCCUGUUCACUGGCAUAGUGCCUUGGGUGGGGAUGCCACUGGUGUUGACAGGAAUAUUAAGAAAAUCACUUUGCCAAGCAUUGGUCGGUUUCGUCAUUUUACCAAUGAAACUUUGCUAGAUAUUUUAUUUUAUAACAGCCCCACCUACUGUCAGACAAUUGUGGAGAAAGUGGGGCUAGAGAUGAAUCGUUUGCAUGCACUUUUUUUGAGUAGGAACCCGGACUUCAAAGGGAAGGUGUCUGUUGCUGGUCACAGUUUAGGUUCUUUAAUACUGUUUGAUAUCCUGUCUAAUCAAAAGGAUUUUUCAAAGCCUUCUGGAUCUCUUGUUGCUAAUGGAGUAGUGAAGCAGCCUCAGCUUCAGGAGAAGCAGAUGCCUGAAGAGUCAAAGCUGACUUUGGAUGAAUCAUGUGACCUUGAUGUUGAAAGUGAAGAAGUUCUAACAUUGCAAGCAACUCUGGAAGCACUUAGCCUUUCUGAAUACGUUAGCACUUUUGAAAAGGAAAAGAUUGACAUGGAAUCUUUGCUUAUGUGUACAGUUGAUGACCUGAAGGAAAUGGGGAUACCUCUUGGACCCAGAAAGAAGAUAGCCAAUUUUGUAAAACUGAAAACAGCUAAACUGGAACAGAAGAAAGCAUCAGAAAAGAAGGCAGUUUCAGUGUCUGCAGUGAAACGACAAGAGGAGAACAUUCCCAAAACUAAAGAAAUGGUCUCUGUCUCCUCAGAAACUAAAGAGUCAAAGAGGAAACUUCCACUUGGGGCUUCUGUUUCUUUUGCACAGGUUGAUUAUGAGUCUUUUGAAGUUGGCACGGGACAGGAUCUUACUAUGCAGCCCAGGCAGAUUGGUCUUGAACUCACAGUGAUCCUACUGCCUAAGCCUCCCGAGUGCUGGGAUUACAGGCGUGCACCACCCAUGCCCAGGUGAUUUUCUUGUAGUAAAAGUUUUAUACAUUUCAUAAUUUUCAGAAUAAGAGAUGGGACAUACAGAGGAUAUCUAAUUUUUGAAGUUAUUUUUAUUUUAGUUUUUCUACAACUCAUUAUUUUACAGCAUUGGUCUUAGAACCAUUAACAAUAGAAUUGUUAACAGAAAAUCAGAUUCAGAACAUACCUAAAUUAGGUUUAAGUAUGUUCUGAACCUAAUUUUCUGCGUGAGAAAUUUGCUAUAUUCACUCAAGUUUUCUUUUUUUUUUUUUGGUCUUUUUUAUUGGUACCGGGGAUCGAAUUCAUGACUGCCUGCUUGCAAGGCAGGUGCUUAUGCCGCUGAGCUAAAUCCCCAGCCCUUGUAGUUUUCUAGUAUUCACAAUUUUUUCCCUGGGGAAAAAAUGCCUAUAAAAAUUAACCAGGUAGUUAAUAACUACUUUUAACAGUAUACUUUAAAAUACUUGUACCUCAGUGGUACAAGUAAUAUUACAAUCCUUGUAUGUAUGUGUAUAUAUGUAUGUAUGUAUGUAGAGACAGGGUCUCAUUGUGCAGUUCAGGCUGGCCUUGAGAUCACUUUGAAACCGAGGCUGGUUUUGAACUUGCAACAAUCCUUCUGCCUCAGCCUCCCAAGUGCUGGGAUUUCAGGUGUGCUCCACCAUGCUCAGCUUUUAUAAUUUUAUUUUGAUUUUUUUUUUUUUUUUGUUUUUUGCUGUUUUUUAUACCAGGGAUCAAACUGAUGAUCUCACGCUUGCAAGCAGUUGCUGUGCCGCUGAGCUAUGUCCCCGCCCUUACAUUCCUUUUAGACUGUGUUACUUCCAGCUUAUUUACCAGUUGUAUGCACAGUAUAAGGAUCCAUUACCAGAAAGUGGUUCAUGGAGGCUCACAAAGAACUUGAUAUUUGAUUUAUCCUGUUCAAACUUUUAAGCCAAAUUUACAUUUUAAAAAUGUCUGGGCUGGGGGUUUAGCUCGGUGACACAAACCCCUGCUUGGCAAGUACAAGGUUGUGAGUUCAAUCUCUGGUACAAAAAAAAAAGUCUGUCUUUCAAACAUGAACAGAUUUCAGCAGACUGACAAAUAAAAGUCAAUAUAUACUUCUGACCCUUAAUAGCCUUUAAAAAUAUAUGUAUAUAGUAUUCUCACUCUCAAACUUUAGUCCAAAGAGAAAAUUUUUUACAUGAAAGUAGAUUUUUAACGUUCUUUUAAUGUUUCAUUUAUGUUUUUGAUAACCUUACAAGAAAGUCAGUAUGAAAUUUUAUUUCUUUUUUUCUCUUUCUCCUUGCUUUUCUCUCUCCCUCCUUUGCUCAGAACCUUUUUUGUUUUUGUUUUUGGUACCGGAGAUCGAACUCAUGUCCGCACACUUGCAAGGCAGGCGCUUAUGCUGCUGAGCUAAAUCUCCAGCUCCUCCCCCUCCUUUUCUGCCUUUUCUCUUUUUCUUCUACUGGAGAUUGAACGCAGGGCCUUGUACUUGCUUUGCCACUGAGCUGCAUCCCUAGUUGUCCCCCUGCCCCAUCUUUAUUAUUUUAAAUAAUAAUAGUGACAGGAUCUUGCUAAAUUGUCCAGGCUAGCCUCAAACUUGGGAUUUUUCUACGUCAGCUUUUCAGGCAGCUGGGACUACAGCAUGUACCAUCAUGCCUGGCUCACAUUAUCUUUCUUUGAACAUUCAUGAGGUUAGAUAUUGUCUUAUGUUUUAAAGGUGUUUUUUUUCUCUUGUGAAGUGCUAACUUUCCCUGUUUCUAUUGAAUUUCUAUUUUUACUGAGUUUUUCAAUUUUAUGUACCAAUCUAAAUAUGUACAAAUAUUUUAAAGAAUGUAACAAAUAGGAGGUAAAUAUAAAGACAGGUUAAAUAGAAAAUUAUACAGAUACAUCGUUCUAGCAUUGACUCAAUAAAACAUGCUGAAGCUACAUUAAUUUGGCACUAUUCAUUUGUAUUUCAAAGUAAAUGAGAAUUACAGUGAUCAUAGAAUGAUAUGAAAGGCAAUUCUCUAACAAGAACUAGUAUUUUUCAAUAUAUAUUUCACUAAACAAAGCACCCAUUUCAUAAGGCAAAAAUAUGAAACUGAAGGGAAAAUCCUAGCUCCACAAAUAUUCCUGAACAUUUCAAAAUAUCUCCUUCAGUAUUUGACAGUUCAAGAAAGAAAAACUUAUGAUGGAACAGUUAAAAUCAGCAAUAUCAUGCCUCCGGUGGAACAUUAUACAGAAACUGCAGAGUACACAGUCCUCUCAAAAUCAUGAGAAAUGUUCACUCAGAUCAACCAUGUUCAUAGUCAUUAUAAAGACCUUAACACAUCCAAAGAAAUGGAAAUCCUGCAAAGUAAGCUGUCAUUACAUAUUGGCGUGAAAUCAGAAAUUGACAGCUGAAACAUACCUAAAAUACAAUGACCCUUUUUCUUUUUUUGCUUGUUACCUUUUAUCUCUUUCUUUGUUCUUUUUUUUUCUUACUUUGUUCUUAUAUUAAAUUUUUCUUAGAAGAGAAACUGUAGUGUUUAAUUGUGUGUCUGAUUUACUUAUAGUCUCAAGACCUUAUGGUCUCAAGGUACAUCCAUUUUCUACAGAUGCCUCAAGUUUAUCCUUCUUUAUGGCAGACUAGAACUGCACUGUGUAUAAAUACCACAUUUUCUUUAUCCACUCAUCUGCUGAUGGAUAAUAGACUGUUUCCAAGAUUUAGCUGUUAUUAAUUGUGCUGCUAAAAACAUCAGUGUGUGUAAUGCACUGUGGUAUGAUGUCUUUAACUUUUUUGGCAGUAUACCUAGAAGAAAAAUAGCUGGAAUUUCUGUGUGUGUUUGUUUUUUUUUAAAUUGAGACAGGGUUUUGCUAUGUAGUUCGAGCUGGUCUUGAACUUACCUUGUAGUCCAGGCUGGCCUCAAACUCACAGCAGUCCUCCUGCCUCAGCCUCCUGAGUGCUGGGAUUAUAGGUGUGCACCACCAUGCCUGGCUUGGAAUUUCUGUUUUUAAUAGAGUCUCCAAUCUUUUUUUUUGAGGAAUCUCCAUGUUAAUUACCACAUAGGUUAUUUCAGUUUACACUUCCACGAGUAGUGAAGAGGAGGAUUCCUUUCUGUCCACAGCUUCACCAACAUUUGUUAUUGAUUGAUUUCUUAGUGGUAGCCAUUCUUUCUGGGAUGAUACAGGAUCUUAAUUUUGUUUUAAUUUGUAUUUCUCAAAUGGCCAGCCAUGUUGAGUGUUUUUGCCCUAAAAGACCAGCUUUAUUUCUUCAUCUGAGAAGUGUCUAUUCAUUUCAGGUGUCCAUUUCUGACUGUAUCUUUUAAAUUUGGGUUGUCUAAUUUUUUGAGUUCUUUGCUAUUUAAUUGUUAGUCAUUUGUUGAGGAAUAGCUGACAAAAAUGGUUUCCCACUCUGUAGGGUGUCUCUUCACUUUGUUGGUGCUUUCCUUUGCUGUACAAAAACUUUUUAACUUGAUGUGACUCCAUUUGUUGAUUUGUGAUACUAUUUCUUGUCUAGAAAGUCUUUGCCUAAAUCUAUGUCUUUGAUUUUGUUUUCCAGCAGAUUAAAUGUUUCUGAUCUAAUGUUUAGAUCUUUGAUCCAUUUUGAUUUUAGUUUACUGUUGGUGAGAGAUAUGGGUCUAGGUUCAGUCUUUGGCAUGUGGAUAGCCUGUUUUCCCAGCACCAUUUGUUAAAAAGGGUGUCUUUCCCAUUUGUCAAAGAUAGUGUAAACAGUGUUUCUGGAGUUGUUUCUGUAUCUUCUAUUCUGUUCCAUUGACCCACAAAUCUGUUUUUUUUUUUGCCAAUACUGUGCUGUUUUUAUCACUUUGGCUUUGUAAUAUAAAGUCAGGAAUUGUGAUGCUCACUGCCUUGCCCUUGUUGCUCAGAA